GAGGAGGAGGAGGAGGAGGAAGAGGAAGGCGAGGGGGGGGGAGGCUCCUCCGCGACGCCUCCGAGGCGGGCGCAGGGCAUGCCUUUCUGGGCCGCUGCUCGCGCCAGGAAAGAGGGCUGCGCGAGAGAGGCCGAUUCCCCAGGCGCCGCGGGGAGGGCCGGCGGGGUGCGGCGGCGAUCAGAGGAAAAAAGGUGGCCGCGAGGCCGCCGCGAAUUCUCUCUUGCAGACUGGGCGGGCCGUUCGGGGUCUGGGGGGGUCGCGGGGGGAAGGGAAGGGGGGGCGGAUGAGGAGGAAGGGCGAGGAGAAAAACAAGGAGAACACGUCCCGAGAGACGGAGGGCGCCGUGCCAACGGCGCCGUGCACCGCGCCGCGGACCGACGGCGGCGGCCGACGGCGUCAAGCGCCCGCGCCCCGCGCCGCGACGCCGGGGGACCCAGGGCGGCGCCCGGAAACGGCAGCGGGCCGCCGCCGUGCUGCUUCGGCACGGGCCGCGGCAGAGGGCCGCUGCCGCCGCCACAGGCCGAGCCCGCCGCCUCCGCGGCGGCCGAGCGCGCCGUGUCGGCCGAGACCU